AUGGCCCCAUUUGAUGCACUUGGACAAGGCAAAGAAAAGCCAUUUGUUCAUUACUUUGUGGAUGGAACAUGGAGUGUUAUCACUGGAAGAUUUCCUUUUCCACUGACGUCCUUCGUCUUCAGAAAACCCCUGACAGGGAGCCAUAUGAGAUAA